AGCAAGGAGGGGUCGUUCCUGUGGAUGGUGAAGCGCGACCCUCCAGCCUACUUCUUCGGCACCAUCCACGUGCCGUACACCCGCGUGUGGGAGCACAUCCCCAACAACACCAAGCGAGCCUUCCGCCUCAGUGACAAUGUCUUCUUCGAGCUCGACCUCACCGACCCCUACACCGUCUCCGCCCUCACCACCUGCCAGCUCCUUCCCAGGGGGAAGAACCUGUCGGAUGUGUUGCCGGGGGAGCUGUACACGCGUCUCAAGCGCCACCUGGCGUACGUCAAGACGCAGAUGCCCCGCUGGAUCACCCCCGACCAGCGGGGCAGAGGCCUCUACGCCGACUACCUCUUCAACGCCAUUACCGGCGUCUCCCUCAACGCCGUUCCAACACUCUAUCUCAGGACGCAGAACUAUACACACCUUCCUCAGGAGACACUCUUAAACGCCUAG